GUUUCCCGUGCCUCUCCUUCCCGUCCUGUGCGCUUGGCGGCCGGCUCCUCUUCGCCCGGGAGGGGAUUCUCGUCGAGCUCCUGGAGCUGGCGGGUGCUGUUCUACCGGGGGCUCGUGCGCGGUGCGAUUAGGGACUCUGUCAUGCCGCCGAAGACGAAUAAAGCUCCCUUGGUGGACCUGGGCAAGACGGACUUGCCGGGGGAAGUUCCUGUGCCCGAGGAUGAUGAUCUUGCUUUGAACAUCUCCCCGACGAGGAAACGGGAUGGGGAGUCGACUCCGGGGGGCAGAGCUCCGAAGAAGCUACAGUCAGGGCCGAUCAGUGUGGACAUUGACAGGCUCAGAGCCCUCCUGAACGAGCAGAGCGAGGAGAUCGUGGCGAGGCAGCAGCAGCAACUGGAAGCGGCCAUGCGAGAACAUGAGGCAAAGACGGAUCAGCGGGUAGGGCUUGUUGAGGCUAGCGUGGCGGAGAUCACGGGGCAGCAUGCCGCCCUGGAAACCAAGGUGGAAUCGCUCGAGAAGGCGCUUCAGGAGUUGACCGUGCUGGUCAAGCAGCAGCCGACUGGUCUGGGGCGCAGAUUGCCAGCGGAUGAUGAUGAACGUCGUAGGGGCACUUUAGUGCUCGGUGGCUGGCCCAGGGACACCAGAAGGGCCGACAUCUUGAAGGAGGUUCAGGACAGUAUCAAGAGGCUGGGUCUGCAGAAAGAUCACGACGAAGAGGCUUUCACAACGGGACCCAGGAGGUCAGUUGCCCUUUUACCGAUGCCGAGGCGAACGGGGGAAACUGACCAGGAGCGGAGAUCCAGAAUGUACCGGUUUGUGACAAGCUUCUCAACGGCGCAGGUGCUCUCAAAGUUUGGUGGCAAGCUCUGGUGCAACUUUUCGAAGUCGCAGGAGGAGCGGAAGAUCGCUUCACAUGCAGCCUGGAUCAAGAGGGUCGUCGCUUCGGUUGAUCCUGGCAUGGUGGAAGACAAGCUGGACUUUGAAUACAAGACAGGUACCACUUGGGGACCAGACGGGAUGCUCGCGAGCUGCACGCUCCCAGUUCCACCCAAACAUGACCUUCGCUUCGUGUGGAGAGAUACAACUGAAGCCUUCAAGCCAUGGGUCGACUUGGGCCUGCUGGGCUCGCUGUUGGGUAAGACUUCGGAGCAGGUGCAGGCUGCUUUGGAGGAGCAAAGGGUCGAGGGCAUGCUGGACUUUGCGACUUCAAUGCUGGAGAAUGGAGAGAUGGCCGACAAGGGGCGGUUAGGGAAGGGUGCAAAGCACCACUUCAAGCCGCGGACCUGGUGGCGCUACAAGAGUUGCCUCGGGCGGAGGGACCCCGUUGUCUGUCAGGUGGAUGCAAAUGCCCCCCUGGGAUGGACCCCUUUUGAGUCUGUGGUGCUUCCUGUGGGGAAGGAUGGGAAGGCCAACGAGAUUCUUGGGCAACUGGAGGCCAAAGGGUUCCGACUUUUGGUCCCGCCCAAGGAGCAGUUUGAAGUUCCCACUAGUCGACCGAGGCAAGAGGGUAGGGUGGGGCACAUCAUCGACUACAUGUGCUCUGCGAGGGUUCAGCACGGCCUUUUUCGUGUACAUGUGGAUUCUCACCUUGUUCUUGGUACUGACCACGAGCUGCUUCAAGGGGACUUUGCUUUGCCGGUGCAGCGGGUUCAUCGUCGCCAUCCCACGAGGCCCAGGGUGUGGACAGGGGGAGUGGAUCAGAUUGACCAUGUGGAUCAGCAAGUCCUGGUUGAGCUCGCGGCUAAGUGCACAGUCCCUUUGAGAGGUGAGGGCUACAGAGAUCCGGAAGAGGUUAAGACUGCGAUUGCGAGAAGCUGGCGCGUAGGAUGCAAGGACACAAACAGGACAGGCUGGGAGCAUGGCUUUGCGGCAUCGCAGCUGGAGGAUCCGCACAAGGUUGUUCACGACCAUUUGCAACAGGUCUACAAAGGAGCGAAGGUGAUGGGAAAUGAGGGACCCUUUCAAGGUGACACCAAGGCAUUUACGGAGGAGGAGUUCGACUUGGCACUAGGGCAGAUGAAAGGGGGCAAGUCGGUGGGUAUUGAUGGAACCUCAAAGGAGCUUUUCGUGGGCCUGGUCAGUGUUCCUGGGGGGAAGCAGCAUGUCCUCGAGUUCUUCAAUAGGGUUUUGGUCACGCAUGAUGUGCCACAAGACUGGAACAUCCCACUCAUGGUUCUCCUACCAAAGAUUGCUGCGCCAAAGCUGGCCAAAGACCUUCGCCCCAUUUCGAUGGGAUCGGCUGCUUCGAAACUGUUCUCACGGCUCCUGCUUAACAGAACCCUACAGCACAUCACGGCACGUACUCACAGCCAGUGCGCUGGCACAGGACGACAAGCCUCGGAUUACAUGUUUACGAUCUGGAGAGUGCUUGAGCUAGAACGUGAGUGGCAUGCUGGGCUGUGCUUGAUUAAGCUGGACGUGGCAAAAGCCUUCGAUAACGUGGACAGGGAGAAGUUGUUGGAGCGUCUCAAAGAACGUAUGGGAGAUGGGUCUGAGUUCCGUUGCUGGAGGGCCCUGCUUCAGGAGAGCCCCGCGCUCUUGCAGUCUCCUUGGGGCUCGUCUCAAGUCAUGAUGAGCCAGGGGAUCAAGCAAGGAGGGGUAGAAUCCCCUGGUUUUUUCGCCAUGUUGGCAGAAAUCUGCUUACAGGAAACCGCUUCCAGAUUCAGAUGGCACGAGGAUCCUGAUGUCUUUGAGGGGUUUCCGUACCAUGACGUCUUGUUUAUGGAUGAUGGGAUCCUCUGGGCAAAGGGGGCUGAUCGAGUGGAGCAAAGGAUCAGGCAGCUCAUGGUUCUCCUCGGGGAAUAUGGGUUGAAGCUCAAUGGAUCCAAAUGCCAAUUCCUGUGCUCACCUCACUGGAAGGGGAGGAAGAGCAUUGUGAUUGCGGGGGAAACAGUUUCGGCGGGCCAGUCGGUGGAAGUAAUGGGGAUCCCUAUGAGGGUUGGUAUGACUCCUUGCGAAUUGGUGGGACCACUGCUGUCGAGGGCGCGUGCCAAGUUCUGGACGUUGAAGCACAUUUUCAGAUCCAAGACGGGCCUGAAAGGGCGACUACAAACGAUGUCCACUGUCCUUGGGGGGACAGCUUUGUGGUGUGUUUCGGCCUUGCCGCCGGACAGAUCUGCAAUGGGGCUUAUGAACACGGCGCAACUGCAACUCACCAUUUGGGCUAUGAGGCUUGGUAAGAGACAUGAUGAGGUGGAGCACCACGUGGUUGAGGCGGUGGUGGCGGUAUUCCGGACACAGAACAAGGACCCUCAGGUGGUGGGAACGGGAGCAGGUCCAUGGAAGUCGCUGCGGGACAGGAGUGGCGGACUCUUGCGCAAGACAGAGGGGCCUGGAGAAGCAGGGAACAGAGGUGUCUUUGGUAGUGUGAUGGUCUGCGCCCUUUUCGUGGGCGUCAAGGAGGCCAGUGCUGCGGACCCAGCACCUUCUGACGAUCAGCCGCAUCAUGGACAUGGUCGGCGGUUCGUGAGGCCCCUGGUGGACCCCAACUACAUGAUUCAGGACUUUGACCAGGGGGAUGAAGUGGUAUGGAUGCAAAGGCGAGGCAAACAGCAGGGCACCCCGGAUGAGCCGGACGGAGAUAGACGGAGGAGGACAUCGGCAUGGCGAACCGGGGUUGCAGCCAGAUGGCACGAGUUAGGUGAUGCUCGUGCUAGGGCGAGAGCAUAUAGACAGCUCUUCGCGGUCAUCGUGCAGGAGCAUGGUUUGGCGCCUCUCUUGUUUGCGGAACAAGUGAUGCAGCCAGUGUGGGAAAUGGCCGUCCCAUCUUGGCCACAGCAUACGAGGGACAGCCAAGGGGUGGACAUGUGGGUGGAGACCACUGCGGCGGAGAUCAUGCGGUUGUAUGCCCUACAGCAGCCGCGGCCUACUUCAGCUCAGUCGGCCUCGAGUGAUGCUCACCCUGCUGCGGGAGUGGGAGACCUGCCACCAGCACCGCAUUGGGAGUUUGUGUUGCCGCCUGACUUUGGGGUGGACCCGGGUGCUCCCGUGGUGGGGGUUGCGCCUGGUCCUGCGGCCACUCCGGACGAUGCUAUGUCCCCGCACAGUGAAGAUGAGGAUGGCACCGACAGUGCUACUGCUGAGGAGGAGCCGGCUGGUGAGGCGGAUGCCUCUGCAGGGGCGGCCCUGGGUGAGGACCAAGGUGUGGAUGAGGUCGCAAGCACUGCUGAAACUGUCCUCGUCCCCUCAGCUACCACUGGCUGCCCAGUGCAACGGCCGGGUCAACGAGCUGCUCCCUCUUCGGCCGGUGGGGACCAGGGCGGGGUUCCGCUUGAGUUCGAUGAUUUCCAGAGGCUCUUCGAUAGAUGGCGAGAGGGGUCGAUCUCCAAUGAUGAGGUUGCGGAGCAGUUCGGGCGCCACACCUUGGACCUCCUCCAGACGCAACUGGUGGCCAUCGAAACAGAUGGCGAUUCGGUUGGGGUGAUCCAGGGCUGGAAAGCUACAACGGAGACGAUCUUGGAUGCCCUCGUGGAUACUGGACGCUCUGAGACUGAGGACGGUGGCUGUGGGAAGACAGAAGGGGCCGAGACUGGUGGAGAAGCUGUGCAGGGUGAUGGCAAUGGGUUUGACGAGGAGGAGUAUGACGAGAGUGCCGUGAUCAUGGCGGAGG